AUGGCGACGCCAAGUCGAAAAUACAAGUUGCGAUUUCGCCAAAACGUAGAUAAUUUUGACACAUUGUGCAAUGGAGUCACUCCAGUUGUCAUGUUCGUGGCAGCUGCUCUUCUCACAUUGAAACAAUACUUUGGAACACCGAUCAUUUGCAUUUCCCCGGAAAGCUAUUCUAACACAUUGAAGCACUUUGUUGCAACCGUUUGCUUUGGAAAGACUGAUGCGUUAUCAAAGGAGCAUAUGCCGACUAGCGGCGUGCAUGUGGCACUCAAUCCAAUUUUUAAGUUCACCAAUCUUCUGCUGAUUAUUUUGGCAGUGUCGUUCUAUGUACCGGACAACGUGUGGAAGUAUUUCCAAAGAAAGCUUAGCGUUUCGAUGAAAAUUGUGGAACGCUCAACGGCCGUCAUUUCAACGCAAUCGGGUCAAGAGAGGCAAAAAAAUAUUGAGAAAAUGGCAAAAGUUUUAGAAGAACUUGGAACCGCGCCAUACAACCGAAGUCGAACGGUACUCUCAGCUGCUUAUUUAGUUGUCAAAUUUCUAUACAUUGUAUGCAUUGUGUUCCAAUUGCAUGCAAUGACUGCAAUCAUGGGUCAGAAUUUCAACGCCACCUGGGGAAUUGGGCUUCUGAUGGAUCGAUUCUUAGGAAUCAAAUCCGAAAAUAUCGCGAAUUUCCCUUAUAUUGCUUACUGCAAUACAUCUGUGGCUUCACCCGAUAAUGAGGUGGAAAUGAAUCAUUACCAAUGCUUUCUUCCGAUUAAUGUGCUAAAUGAAUUAUUGUUCGCAAUGCUCGCGAUUUGGAUGACUGUCCUUCUCAUCACUACCAGCAUCGGGCUUGUGGCUUUCGUUUGGAAAGUUGGUACAUAUGACCAUCUGAAGCAUAUUUAUGAAAAGGCGAGUGGCCGAAGUAUUCCGGAACCGUUGGCUUAUAAAUUCCACGAGGUUCUCGGAAAUGAUGCAUUGUUCAUGUUGCUUGCAGUUAACACGACGUCGGAAUCAGUUGGCAAAGAUCUAGUCAAAAAAUUAUUUGAAAAUUUUGAGCGACGUAUUGAUUCGAGUACUUCCAACAAUGAAAAUUCGUCGAAUUGA